CAAUGACGUUUUGCGCAUGCUCACGUUGAGCCAGAGAGCUGCAAGGAAAAAGUACAAGAGACAAAGGAAUAAACAACUUAAGGAGUGGACGCGAAAACAUCAACCCAGAGAAACGAAAGCAGCAAAGACAGUCACACAUCGUACGCAGACAGAGACCUGACGGUGGUCUACCAUGGCAUUUACUAGGGUCCCGCACUGCUGACCCAUUUAUUCCCAGUCAAGCUGUAAGUCCUUUCCACCCUGAUGUCAACCAAAAUGGAAAGAACUUCUCUGCCCUAGUGGUUACUAUGGUGCUCGGAGAGUCUUUGUGUGCAAUAAAAACAACACGAUGAGCACAGAAAGAGGACACGAACGAUUCUGGCUCUAAGAAGAUACAUUUGUCUCUAUUUGCGGUUUUCUUAAUUUUUUCACUAAUUCAGGCGCACUGGCUCACAUUUCAUCACAUUAGCAGCCUCCCCUCCCCUUGCCACUCAUCCCGAGCAGCUGAGAAGGUUGCUUUGGAGAUGAUAGUGGUGACAUAGCAGCAGGAAUGGGGAGUACUCCAUGUUCUGGUAAGGGGAGGGGGGUUGGGGGCUUUCAGGAGUUGGGUUGUAUGCCAUGGAAGGUCAGCAAGCAGAAAGGAGAAGUCUUAGGUGGACGUGGGUCCGAGCUGGAGGACAGGCCGAAUGCUGGAACGCCUCCCACCUCAUUGCAACCGCCUGCUAUUUAUCAUGAAAAGCAGCAUCGGGAGUUGUGUGCUCUGCAUGCGCUAAACAAUGUCUUCCAGGAUGGCGCGGCAUUCAGCCGUGAUGCACUUCAGGACAUCUACCAGAGGCUCUCUCCUAGCACUUUGGUCACACCCCACAAGAAAAACAUGCUGGGUAAUGGCAACUAUGAUGUGAAUGUCAUCAUGGCUGCAUUGCAGACUCGUGGAUUUGAGGCAGUUUGGUGGGACAAGAGAAGGGACGUCGGUAGCAUUGCACUGCCAAACGUCACUGGUUUCAUCUUGAAUGUGCCAUCCAAUCUGCGCUGGGGCCCGUUGCGUCUGCCCCUCAAGCGGCAGCACUGGAUUGGAGUGCGAGAAGUGGCAGGAGUUUACUAUAACCUAGACUCUAAACUGCGCAGCCCUCAUGCCAUCGGAACAGCUGAUGAACUGAGGAAGUUCUUGCGUCACCAGCUUCGAGGGAAGAACUGUGAACUCCUAUUGGUCGUGCCAGAGGAGGUGGAAGUGCACCAGUCAUGGAGGUCUGAUAACUAAUGAAUGUUUUGGGCCUUUUUUUUUGGUUUGUUUUGUUUUUGUUCAUUUUUUUCGGAGGUUUCUCAAGUUCAAGCUCAGGAGGGAAAUAUGAGGUUCAAUCAGGGACCCAUUUAAGGAGCAAAUGGAGUUGCACUCAAACCAGUCAUGAAAGCACACUGCUCAGACUUUGUUUACACACACACACCACUGGACUCUCGCUACGGAGACUGAAGAAACACAGGACACACACACACACACACACAGGGAAACAAAAAGACAACUAAACACUACGCUGAGAAAUUAGUUUGGUAUUUGGGAUUCUGAUGCAUUUUUAUACGUUGAUUAUUUCUUUUACUUUAUACUGUUUUCUGACUUGAAAGCGAGAGAUUCUGGAAUUGUUCGUGAUGUGUUCUCAUUGUGCAUCACUCCUCAUCCUCACUUCUCUCUUUCUAUGUGAUUUCCUGUGCAUCCAUGUGAUCGUUUGAAAUGUCUGCCACUAAAAACAAAAGGUAUUCGUCCCAGCAACUGGAUUUGUUUUAACACAGGGCUGCAUAUGUACUUAUUUAGUGCAUGUACUUGAAGAGAAGGAACACCAGUAGCCCCUGUUUAACCGUUCUCUACAUAUUUAAUGGCAUAGUGACAGAUGAGAAGUUUCCUGUGUAUCACAGUACAGCAUGGCACCACAGUAAUUGGAUGUUUGUGUUAGUUUCCUGUAACAUAUGUUACCAAAAUGGUCACUUGUUAAUCUCUUACCUUUAAAUGAAUGCUCUCAACGUUCUUUCUUGUAAACAGUUAAAGGAACACUUCACUUGUUUUGGAAAUAUGCUCAUUUUACACCGGCCCUAGAGCUAAACAGUUGAGUUUUAUCAUUUAAAUCUGUUCAGCCGAUCUCCAGGUCUGGCGGAAGCACUUUUAGCUUAACUUAGUUUAGCGUAGUUCAUUGAAUCAAAUUAGACCAUUAGCAUUUCUCAAUGUCGAAAAAGUAUCAAUAUUUUUUCUAUUUAAUACUUGACUCUUCUGUAGUUAUCGUGUACUGACUGAUCACUGACGGAAAAUGAAAAGUUUGUUAUUUUCUUGGUUGAUAUGGCUAAGGACUAUACUCCUGCUAGAGCAGCAAAGUUUCUUGAUUAUUAUACCAGACUGAGGUUCCUAGUCAUUUUGCCCUGUAAAGUAAAUAGCAACAAUAGUAAAUACAGAAGAGUCAAGCCUUAAAUAGGAAAAUUAUUGAAACUUUUUUUUUGAAUGAGAUGCUAAUGGUCUAAUCAGGUUCAAUGCUCUAUGCUAAGCUAUAAGUGCUCCUGCCCAGACCCAGAGAUUGACUGAAUUGAUAAAAAUUUGUCAAAUUUGAUUGUUUAACUCUAAGUGACUUGGAAAUGAGCCUGUUUUUAAAAAGGGUGAAGUGUUCCUUUAAGGUUAGACUUGUUGAAUCCUAGACUUCAUGUAGGAAAAUCGAACCGCUUGUGAGUGUUGGUAGUAGGAGAAAAAUGUCAGAUGCCAAAAACUGUUGUUAAGUGAAACGUUUGUAUGUAUUUUUACAUAGAAAAUGCUGAAGUGAGUUUGAAAUUGUGCAAGUUGAAUUGAUCUUUGACAGUGGAUUAACACGGCCUUAAACUGUUUACAGAGGGAGCAGAUCACACAAAGGGAAAUCUAAUAACGCAUCUCAGGUUCUCUUCAGACCCAAUUCAGUUUCACUUAUUAAACACUGAUCUCCAACACAAUGUGUAAAACACUUCAAAUAGAUAUUAGACACUCAAAUCUGAUAGUACAACUUAAGAGGAACAUUCCACAUGUCAUUCACAGGGUGCUUUGUAAUACUGUAGAGAUGAAUAGAUUCCUUUGCCAUGACAAUCUAAAUCCCCCCACGUCUCUCUUCCAGGGAGAAGGGGACAACAUGUGCUCAUGCCAUUGUUUUUCAUUCAAAUAAAAUGCUUAUGAUGGCACUUUAUGUAUGAUGUAAAAUGUGCUGUGACAUCAUUAAAAAUGUCUUUCUAUGUA